AAAGAGCAAAAGCCCAAUCCAUUUGCUAAAACCACAAACUAGAACUUAAAAGCUGCAGUGUGCGCCUAAACCUAAACCCUACCGUCGUCACACCGUGGUUCAGACACCGGCGCCAAGUCGAAUUCGAAAGGUGAUUCUCGGUUGAAGUUUGCGAUUAUCAAGGUUGCUUGAUCUUCAUUUAAUAUGAGUUUAAUAUCUCAAAAUGCUCGCCCUAAAAAUGAGGUCAAGAACACCAAAGGGGAGGAGGACAUUAAAGAAAAAGAGGUUGAAGAUGUGGAAGAGUAUGAUGUUGAUACCCUAAAAGUGAAGAAGAGGAAGCGAGAUCGCAAGGGAGAACAGUCGGUAAUGGAAGAAGUGAGGGAAGCUAAAAAGCUAGAGAACUUUUUGUUUGGGUCUCUCUAUUCCUCUGUUGAAUUUGGAAAGGGGGAUAAUGAAGUGGAAGCCGGGAAUACUGCAAAGGGUUCUGAUUUGUUCUUCACUGACCGUUCUGCAGAUAGUGUCCUCUCUGUUUAUGAGGAAGGUGGUUACCUCUCAGAGGAAAGUCAUGAUGAUGACAAUGCUUUGCAAAGAAAACCUGUGUGGGUGGAUGACGAAGAAGAAAAAACCACUGUAAACAUAGCCAAAGUUAACAGAUUAAGGAAGUUGAGGAAGGAAGAGGACGAGAGUUUGAUCUCUGCUUCAGAGUAUGUGUCAAGACUGAGGGCUCAGCAUGUAAAGCUGAACCCAGGAGCUGACUGGGCGCAAGUUGAUUCAAGGUCAAAAAUAGAUAGAUCUUCUGAUGAUGAGUUAACAGAUGAAGAAAAUGAAGCUGUUUUGAGCCGUGGUUACAAGGAUGUGGAUGAUAUUCUCAGAACAAAUGAAGACCUGGUUUUGAAGAACAGCUCAAAAUUGUUGCCGGGACAUAUUGAAUACUCCAGACUUGUAGAUGCAAAUAUACAGGAUCCUUCUAAUGGUCCCAUAAAUUCAGUUCAGUUCCAUCGAAAUGCUCAGCUGCUUCUUGCUACAGGAUUGGACCGGAAGCUUAGAUUUUUUCAAAUUGAUGGCAAACGGAACACCAAAAUUCAAAGCAUCUUCCUUGAAGAUUGCCCCAUUCGAAAAGCAUCUUUCUUGCCGGAUGGGUCUCAGGUUAUAUUAUCAGGAAGAAGAAAGUUCUUUUAUAGUUUUGAUUUGGUUAAGGCUAGAGCUGAUAAAAUAGGUCCUCUGGUUGGUAGGGAAGAGAAGAGUUUGGAAGUUUUUGAGGUGUCUCCUGAUUCUCAAAUGAUAGCCUUUGUGGGUAAUGAAGGUUAUAUUUUGUUGGUUUCAACAAAAACAAAGCAAUUAGUUGGUACUCUAAAGAUGAAUGGAACAGUCCGUUCCUUAGCUUUUGCUGAGGAUGGACACCAGUUGUUGAGCGCUGGUGGAGAUGGCCAGGUUUACCAUUGGGAUCUGAGAACAAGGACUUGCAUACAUAAAGGUGUUGAUGAAGGUUGCAUAAACAGCACAGCUCUUUGCACUUCUCCAGGCGGGGCACAUUUUGCAGCUGGUUCAGACAGUGGAAUUGUGAAUAUUUACAAUAGAGAGGAAUUUCUAGGAGGCAAGAGAAAACCUAUCAAAACCAUUGAGAAUUUGACUACGAAAGUGGAUUUUAUGAGAUUUAAUCAUGACACUCAAAUAUUAGCAAUCUGUUCAAGCAUGAAGAGGAGCAGUUUAAAAUUAAUACAUCUCCCAUCCUAUACUGUGUUCUCCAACUGGCCACCGCCAAAUACUAGCCUGCACUAUCCCCGUUGUAUGGAUUUUAGUCCCGGUGGUGGUUUCAUGGCUGUGGGAAACGCUUCAGGCAAAGUGUUAUUGUACAAGUUGCACCAUUACCAUCAUGCAUAAGGUAGAUUUGAUAUUCUGGCAGGGUUUGAGAGUUUUGUUCCUGUAUUUUAUUUUUUUCUCGGAAGUUUUGAGACU